ACAGUUGAUAAGACUAUUACCUUGAAAUGCCCUAGCCUGAUUUUUGCCUUUCAACCACCACCACCACCUCCUCACUUUCCCCGCACUCUCCUCCAUUCGCCGCCGGCUUCAUGGUCUCGCCGGCGCCGGCUCUGCUCUCCAGGUCUUACGCUCUCCCAAACGGAGGUUGUCUUGUUGCUCCCAAUGAGAACCUACGCCGGCUUGCUGCUCGGUGCUCACAUUUUCAGAUAACCCGAUCAGGGUUUGGUGGCUUGAAUCAAUCGCCAAAAGUCUUGAAUGAUGAUCGUGCAGUUCCCUCAGAAGGAUUGUCCCCAGUGGCAGGAGGAAUUGUUGCUCUAGGAAAGUUUGAUGCCCUUCACAUUGGUCAUCGAGAACUUGCAAUCCAAGCAUCAAAGAUUGGAUCGCCAUUUCUUUUGUCAUUUGUUGGAAUGGCAGAAGUACUUGGUUGGGAACCUAGGGCUCCUAUAGUUGCCAAAUGUGAUCGGAAGCGAGUGCUGUCCUCUUGGGCCCCAUAUUGUGGUAACAUCGCCCCUGCUGAGUUUCACAUUGAUUUUUCAAGUGUUCGGCAUCUCACACCUCAAGAAUUUGUUGAGAAAUUAUCCAAAGAUCUAGGAGUGCGUGGAGUUGUAGCUGGUGAAAACUAUCGAUUUGGGUACAAAGCUAGUGGUGAUGCAUCAGAACUUGUGAGGCUAUGUAAAGAAUACAAUAUGGGGGCUUACAUAAUAAAUUCAGUUAUGGACAGAAAUCACUAUUCCCAAAAUACAAACUCUAGUGAUUUGAAAGAUAGGGGGCAAGUCUCGUCUACUCGUGUUCGUCGUGCCCUUGCUGUAGGAGAUAUGAAAUAUGUAUCAGAGCUUUUGGGUCGUCCGCAUCGACUCAUAUUGAUGGCAAAAUCUCAGGAACCAUUUACUUUCAGUAGAAACAAAGUGUCUGCUUCGAAGUUGUCUUUGUUAAAUCUUGCACCGAAAGAGGGUCUGUACAAGAAUUGUUCUGUUUUUGUUGGGGAUGAAAAAAUAGAAUCAUGUAGAGUAGUAAUUGACGCGGCAUACAUCCAUAUAGAAAUGGACGAUGUAGGUUCAUGUAGUUCAUCCGGUACACGAGAUUUCCAGCUGUUAAGCAUUGAAUUUGGUAACCUGCACUCUUGAUUUUGUUUAAUUUCAUGUACUCAUUUGUUCCAAGUCUAAGAAAGAAUGGGCAUAUGUAUGGAGCGCUAAGUUAAAAAGGCAUUGUAAUUAUUAGUAAUUUAUUAUAAAGUAUUCUUUUAGUUUGUACAUAACAUUCCAUAUGGUUUAUUGGGCAAGUGUUUUACAGUGUGUUUGAAUGUCU